UUUGCCCACGCCAAGAGUACCAACGCCAACCUUGCGUACCCCCCCGAGGCCCUGCUGAAAGCUGGAAGCAGGGAAGGGGCUGCAGCUGGCUGGCUGCUGUGUCACGUUGCACUAGUGCUAUUGUGCUAUUGUACCUGCCUUGCCCACUCUCGUCGACAUGACCAGGACACACAGAUCGAGAAGAAUACCGCUGCCAACCCUGGCCGCGUGCAUUGUCCUCCUCCAGCGGGGUAAUUGUUUCCUCUUGAUACCCAACACAGCAGCCAGAAGCGGCUCCCACGGGUACGGAUCAACAGCAACAGCAACUCUACACCGCGCUGCUGCUGCUCCAUUGCCACUUUCACCAGCACGAUGUUGGACGAGCGGGGUGGGCGUUAGGAGAGGACGAGGAGGAGUGCAGAUAAUGGCGGGCGGGAACCCAGCAGCGGCUGCUGAAGCCUUGGAGGCCGAGAAGGCGGAGCGGGAGGCCUUGAGGGCAAGGAACGAUCAGGAGUGGCAGUUCUUCGACACGGCCAGGAUCAACGUCAAGGCGGGGAAGGGCGGUAAUGGGUGCAUCGCAACGCGGCGCGAGAAGGGCAUCUCCAUGGGGGGCCCUAACGGGGGUUCCGGCGGUCGCGGCGGCUCCAUCUUCCUCCGGUGCAGCGAAGGCCUCAAUACGCUGGCCAUGGUGCGCCACAAGGUGCACUACCGCGCCACGGACGGGCAGAACGGCCAGGGGAAAAGCCGGACGGGAAACUCGGGCGCGGACGUGUAUGUCUCGGCCCCGCUGGGCACGGUGGUGCGGGACCAGGAGGGCGUCCUCUGCGGGGAGCUAACCGAGCACGGCCAGGAGCUGCUGGCCUUCAAGACGAGCCGCUCCAAGAUCCCCAUGUUCGGGGAGAAGGGGGAGCCCGGCGGGGAACGGUGGCUGUCCAUGGAGCUCAAGCUCGUAGCGGACGUGGGGUUCGUCGGGGUCCCGAACGCGGGCAAGAGCACCCUCCUGGCGGUGUCCUCGAACGCCAAGCCCAAGAUCGCGGACUACCCGUUCACCACGGUUACCCCAAACCUGGGGGUGUGCGACGUGCUCGGGGAUGAGGCCGAGGCCGGAAUGGACAAGGGGCUGGUGCUCGCGGACAUCCCGGGGUUGCUCGAGGGGGCACACGAGGGGGUGGGACUCGGGCUGGCGUUCCUGAGGCACGUGCAGAGGUGUCGCGUGCUGGUCCACCUUGUGAGCGGAGACAGCGUCGACCCCGUCGGGGACUACCGCGCCAUCCAGCAGGAGCUCGAGCUCUUCAGCCCCAAGCUCUUGAAGAAGCAGCAGGUUGUGGUGCUUAACAAAAUCGAUCUGCCUCACGUGAGGAGUAAGCAGGAAGAACUCGAGAAUUUGAUAAAGGCGGAAUUGGACCACACCAGGUUUAUGUCUAUCAGCGCCGUUGCUGGCGAGAACACGCAAGAGCUGAUGCGGCGCCUCCGCAAGCUGGUGAACUCCCUCCCCCCGGUAGACGACCUGUUCGACGGGGAGGCGGUGAAGAUGCUCGACUCGCCGGCCGCGGAAGACACCGGCUUCAGCAUCGAAACGGACCCCAGCUACCCGGGGCAGUUCCGAGUUCACGGGGCCCGCAUCGUCCAGAUCGCCAAGAUGACAGAGUGGGACUACUACGAGGCGGUGCAAAGGUUCCAACGCGUGAUGGAAGCCAUGGGGGUGGACGCCGCCCUCAAGAAGGCAGGAGCACAAGCGGGCGACUUGAUAAUGAUCGAUAAAUGGGACUUCGACUACAAGCCCGACGUAGCGAGCGUGUACCUAGAAGGGCUUGAGAACGUCGGGGACUUCGGUGACGAUGGAGAUGAGGAUGGAGAUUGGGUGGAGAUGCCGUAACAGCAGUAGGGGACAAACCGCCUCGGUGGUCUCCGCGUCAAGGCCACGUGAAGCUUGGGGGUUUGGCUUGUAGAGCUUUCGAGUAGUGGGGGCGUCUUGUGGGAUAGAUACGUUGAGCGGUUUGGCUCGGAAAGGUUUUUGAGUACACUUUCGUUUGGUGCAUAGCUUGCAACAAACGAUCGCGGCACCUGCCAGAUUCGAUGUAGCCCCAUCGGGUCAUGUUUGGUUGGUUAGACUACUCUGCAAACGGUCGACCUCGAGAUAAAUGUCGAAGACUUCACAGAGCAUGGCGGAACCUCAACCUUGUUGAUAGUUCCACGCCACGCCACACACGUGCCCCACAAAACUCGGCGCGGUGGUCAGAGUUGAACGGUGCCAAAUGGGGCGAGACGCUAAACAUGGUGUCGUUUCGACCAUUCUCGGAGUGGUGAUGGUGAUGGUGGUGCUUGUUCCGUCUCCUCACCCGGAUGAUGGGGAUGUUGGCUACAAAUUUCGAUCAUUCGAAAGAGCCUGCGGGUUCGUUCGUUCAACGAAUUAUAGGUGACGGCCUCCAACCCACCCUUGAGGACAACAUGAUGAGCACGUCUGUUUUUCUUAUGUUGGCGGAUCUGACAAAUGCGUGUUGGCGUUGCUGGUUGGAUUUUCGCCCACCCCGUCAUGCUACCGUCCAGCGGUAACUUUUUUUUUUUUUAUGGCCAACCUGUGUCCAUCCCACCCCGAGCCUGUGUUGUACACGGUAAAAAUAGUGUGUUGAAGGGGCGAGAGGCCCGGGAGGGCAGUUUUAUACAACUGCGUUGUUGCUGGACAAAGAUCGAUGGCACCGGACUCCUGUUGUCACAACUCGAGCAAGAAAAGCUUGGUGCUAAUGUAUCCGGCUCUUGAAAUGAUUCGUAGGUGGCUUGUUGAGACACACCGUUCCCCCCCGGGUGCUGUUGGACGUGAUGCAGGCACGGAGAUCGCUGGGUUUUAUGAAACGCAAAAAAUGGAGAACAGCAAAAUAUUGGAAUUGGGCAAGCUGAUGUGGGGAAUAGAGACCAGGGGGUCCCUCGAACAAUUUGAGGCCACAACGCGUGCG